UAUUUUUUUUGUAUAUAUAUAUGAUGGAAAGUUACAAUAUAGAGAGAUACAGAAAAUAAUAACAAAGCUUUAUGGCUAAGCCUAAUUAAGAACGAUGAAGCAGCGAAAACCUUCAAACUUAGAAAUAUGACCCCCAAAAAAAAUUGUCAAUAAGAUCUUAGAUCUUAUUUGUAAAGUUAAUUCGUGAGAUAAAACAAUAUGAAUAUUGAACCCUAUUUGUAAAGUUAAUUCAAUGUGUACAUGAGAUUUGAGAAUUAAACUCGCAUGAGUGAAAUAUUAGUAGUAGUAUAGAAAAUAAAUUCAUCAAACUCUGCACGCAUGGUGUUCCAUUUUUUUCCUUUUAGUCGUCUUAAAUUUUCGAACUGAAAAAUAGUAUGCAUUAAUUAUAUGAAUAAAGUUUUUAUCAUGCAGUUUAAUUUUGGAUUAAUAGUUAGGGAGAUUGAAAUAAAAUGACAUGAGGUUAGAUAAAGAUAAAUAGGAGGCCAUUAAUUAAUUCAUUCGAAGAACUAACUAUUUAGGGAAAAAGAAAGUAAUAUGUUUCUCUUAAUAUUAGUUUCUUUUUUUCCUUCUAUCGUAUCUACUAUAAGCUCAAGUUCUGGAUUAAUACAAAUACUAGAAAAAUAUAUUUUUAAAAGAAACACAUGAUAAAAUUUUGAUAAGUGGUAUACGAAAGUCCAUAUGAUAUUCAUAAAUUAAUAUCAUUAUAUAAGCUGUCCACCAGAUAUUUCUCUGUCAUCCUCUUAUAAAUAAGCUUGAUCAUCUACAUAACAUGUGAUAAACCCACACACAAACACCUCUUCUUUCGACUCUCUCUUUCUAACAAUUUCUCUCUUUGUGCAACUGAUAAUUAAAAAGGUCUUUUGAGACAAAUCCAUAGAUAUGGAAAAAGUGAGAGAGAUUGUGAGAGAAGGGAGAAGAGUGGCAAAAGAAGACCCGAGGAGAGUAGUUCACUCGUUCAAAGUGGGUCUGGUUCUUGCCUUAGUCUCUUCCUUCUAUUAUUACCAACCUCUCUACGACAGCUUCGGUGUUAAUGCAAUGUGGGCUGUUAUGACGGUUGUUGUCGUCUUCGAGUUCUCUGUUGGAGCCACGCUCGGUAAAGGUCUUAACAGAGUGGCGGCAACACUAUUUGCUGGGGGACUUGGAAUCGGAGCUCAUCACCUGGCUAGCAUGUCUGGCCCAACAGGAGAACCCAUUCUUCUCGCAAUCUUUGUCUUUGUACAAGCUGCCUUGUCGACGUUUGUGAGGUUCUUCCCGCGGGUGAAGGCGAGAUACGAUUACAGCCUGUUGAUUUUCAUACUCACCUUUGCGUUGAUAUCAGUGUCGGGAUUCAGAGAGGAGCAGGUUGUAAUGCUGACGCAUAAGAGAAUCUCGACAGUGAUCAUCGGAGGACUAAGUUGUGUCCUUAUCUCCAUCUUUGUCUGCCCCGUCUGGGCCGGCCAAGAUCUUCAUUCACUCCUAGCCUCUAACUUUGAGAAACUCUCAUUUUUCUUGUUAGAUUUUGGGGACAAAUAUUGUGAAGUGGUAGAAAAUGAUGACACCAAAGAGGUUGACAAACGAAAAAAGGAUUUUGACAACUAUAAAAGUGUUCUCAACUCAAAAAGCAAUGAAGAAUCUUUGGCUAAUUUUGCGAAAUGGGAACCUGGUCACGGCCAAUUCAGAUUCCGGCAUCCUUGGAAACAAUAUCUAGCUGUCGGUGAAUUAAUCCGACAAUGUGCUUACAGAAUUCAUACCCUGAAUUCAUCAUAUCUUAAUGCAGAUAAUAAGGUGUCAAUUGAUAUUAAAAAGAAACUUGGAGAACCAUUGAGAAGAAUGAGUUUGGAGUCUGGCAAAGCGAUGAAAGAAAUGUCAAUUUCAUUGAAGAAAAUGACCAAACCAUCUUCUUCUGAUCUUCAUGUCCAAAACGCAAGAUCUGCCUCCAAAUCACUCACCAACUUACUUAAUUCAGGCAUCUUGAAAGAAGUUGAGCCACUAGAAUUGGUCUCACUUCUGACCGCGAUUUCCUUGCUCAUCGAUAUUAUAAACCUGACAGAGAAAAUCUUGGAAGCCCUACAUGAACUAGCAUCCGCUGCAAAAUUUAAGAACAAGAUUGAACAGCCUUUGUUUUCCGAGAAACAAAAAGCCAAAAGCUUUGUUAGUCUCCGGUCGAUAAAAUGUCAUGAUGAGCAUGUGGUCACAAUUAUUGAAGAUGAUGGUAAUAAUCAUGACACAUCAAAAAAUGAUAACCGCUCGAAGGAGGUUUCAAUCCAUGAGAAACAUGAAGACGGUGAUACGCAUGUCCACGCAAGAUGUGUUUCAUGUGGUCACACAAUUGUUUGUGAUGUCGUAGAAUGUAGAUAAUGCUAGUCCAAAAAGAAUUCAUAAUGAUUUAAUUAUAAUUUUUAUUGAUUCUA